AAGGUGCAGGUCCUUAAAUACUUCAUAUCAUGUGAUCGUCAUCCUAAGUACAAAAUUUGUAGUCCAAAUCUUGAACUCAUCACGAUCAUCAAGUGUGUUUGCAUGGAUGGUGGGAGCUUACUUCUGAAAUUUGUUUACAUGGAAAAGGAGUUUUAUCUGCAGUGA